CAAUUUCAGUUAUCAUAUCUGUAUUAAAUAUUAUAUACACAUAGCAUGUUAUUUUAUACUUAUCAUCUUGUGUACAUACGUUGCUAUUUGUAAAAUGUAACGUUAUGAUGUCACAAGAAAGUUCGAUAGAAUCGUUUAUCAUUUUAGUCAGUGUAUUGAACUGACACAGUGUAAACACGUUUGUGAUAUUAAGCGCUUAAAAAGGAAUGCGAUAUGACCUCGAGGACCAUAUGCAUUGCCCAGGAAGGCCCUGCGAACGCUUUAGCACUUAAUAAAGACAACAGUCAGGUUGUGAUAGCCGGUCGCAAUGUUUUCAAGAUAUUUACAUUGCUGGAAGAUAAAUUUGAGGAGGCCUGUAAUCUUCGAGUUGGGAAGAACUUAAAUCUGAAUUUCUCCUGUAACGAUGUUGCUUGGAAUCUUAAUGAUGACCAUAUUCUUGCGACUGCAGCAACUAAUGGUGCGGUUGUUGUGUGGAACCUGAAUAAACCAUCUCGAUCCAAACAGGAGCAUGUAUUUAUGGAUCACAAGAGAACCGUGAACAAAGUGAGCUUUCAUAUGACAGAACCUAUGUGGUUAAUAUCUGGCUCUCAAGACGGUACCAUGAAAUGUUUUGAUAUGCGAACGAAAGAGGCCGCCAAGACUUUCUACAGUAAUACAGAAUCGGUAAGAGAUGUCCAAUUUUGCCCGCAACAACCGUAUACAUUCGCCGCUGUAUCCGAGAAUGGCCACGUACAACAGUGGGAUAUGAGAAAGCCGGACCGCUAUUUCCAACAUUUCACCGCGCACAGCGGCCCAAUAUUUGCUUGCGAUUGGCAUCCCGAGGCCACGUGGCUCGCCACUGCAUCUAGGGACAAAACCAUUAAGGUUUGGGACCUAGCCGGCAAACCAAGCUGCGACUACACCAUACACACGAUCGCGUCAGUCGGACGGAUAAAGUGGAGGCCUCAGAAAAAGUAUCACAUAGCCAGUUGCGCCCUGGUAGUCGACUGUAGUAUAAACGUGUGGGACAUUCGCAGACCCUACAUCCCUUUCGCAAGUUUUAACGAGCACAAGGACGUGCCCACUGGUGUAGCCUGGAGGGGUAAUCCGCAAUCGUUCCUGUCGACAAGCAGGGAUUGCACUUUAUACCAUCAUGUUUUCGAAGACGCGACGAGGCCAGCCAGCAAGGCCAAUCCGCAGAGCGUCGCGCUGGAUUUGAAAGGGGACGUGGCGUACGCUUGCAAAGUGAAGUACGAACCAGCGACUACCGCGAGACAGUUAUCCAACAUAAUGAGAGGCAUGAGAACGCCUGUAACAAACGACGACACCUUUUGCAUGGCCUCAAGUGUAACGCACAGAUUCGCCAUGAGCAUACGUCAACUGCCUUGGUUUACGAUGGCAGCUGAGAGCUACUUGCUUUCUGGGAAUUUAAAUGAUAUCUGUGAUCAUAACGCGCGUAUCGCAGACUAUUUUGGCAAAAAAAAUCUUGGCAAAGUCUGGCAAAUUCUGAAAAAUUUACACGCGGACCCGCUCGAGUUGCUUCGAAAGAUGUCACCGACGGUUGCCAAGGAGGACGUGGCCAACGUCUCGAACAUAGUACAAGGUGGAGCGAAGAAUUCCGGCAUGGAACAGUCAAACGCAAGCAAACAGUCCAGUCACGAACACGAUGCGAAAUCUCUGCAGGGUGAAAAUCCGGCCGGUGCUGCCAGCGGCGGCGACGACGAGACCGAAACAGAGAACGAAGCGCCGGAGAAUCAGACCGUCGCGGGACCAUCGACUAAUUCAACGACUAUUCUGCCGAGGAGACCGCUGCUGAGUGAUAUACCCUCGACAUCGAAAGGCGAUUUUAUUUUCGGCGAGACCGAGUACGAGCCGGUGUCGUUGGAUCAUCCGAACGAGAGACAAAUCGUGAUGCGCAUGGAAGACGACGAGUGGACCAAAGAGCUGCAGAAGGAAGCCUUUCCCUUGCGGCACGAGAUAAAGGACCGCUCCCCGCCACCGGAACAAUUUCCUAAUCAUCCUCCCGACCUCGGCGAGGAGUCGGCCUCCGUUAUAGUCGAGGAUCAACCGCGAUUAGUAGUACCGCAUCCACCAAAGCCGCAAUCCAUCGAUUUUACCCCCGUGAUCAUGCAAACACUGGAGCAUCACGCUGCGCUGAGAGACGUGCAGACGACAGUUUCGAUACUUAUUGCCCUGGGGGAGAAGAGGAAGAACCUGAGGAUACCGUUAGCCCUGCAGGAACAUUGGAUAAUGGAGUACCUGGAUAUGCUGGGCAAGUUUAAGCUCUGGCACAUAGCUACUCAGAUAAUACAAUUGUCUUGGAUUCCUUCUAUAUCGCAGCUGAAUCAACAGUCGACUCUGAUACACGUGUGUUGCGCGACGUGUACGAGACCACUGCAGCGAUCCGCGUGGUUGUGCGAUCACUGUCACACGUCUGAGCACGCUCUGUGCUCCGUGUGCAAUCAGGUAGUACGCGGGAUCUAUGUGUGGUGCCAGGGUUGUUCGCACGGUGGCCACAUAAAUCAUAUGAAAGAGUGGUUCAAUAGUAAUCGACGAUGUCCUGCCGGUUGUGGUCAUCGUUGUGAGUACACUUAAAGAACUUAGGAUGUUCAAUAUUAGUUGAACUAUUACGAUAUGCGAUCAAGAUGACUGAUGAACAGAGAAAUUGGCAUGAAUAAUACAAGUGAAAAAUAGUUUAACGACACAAAAAGUGAUGAAUAAUUUUUAAUAAUUUAAUAUUAAAAAUUUAAUGAUAUAAUUGGUAUUAUCAACUUAUUUAAAAAGAAACUGUAACAUCAGAUCUCUCAGUGAUAUUUUACUAAUUACUCACUAUGUAUUAUUUGUCGUAAAUGUAUAUUGAUAUGUAUAUAUUACUAAUAGAUAUAAAUUAUUUUUAAUUAUAUAGAGAAUAAAGACUUUUCCACAAUUUUA